GUCUAUGGUCGAAAUCUAUGAAUAUAAACACAACAUACGAUAAAUUUGACUGCUUGAAGAUGUAUAUUUGAAAAUCAAUUUUUUUCAGUUACUAAUUUUUAUAUAUGGUUCGAAUGAAAAUAGUUAUCAUCAUUCAGAUAACAAAAUAAAUAAUAUUAUAACAAUAUUAUACUGAAAACUUGUAAAAUUUACAAUGUCUGAAAGUAUUGGCCAUUCGAAUAACACCCAGAAACGAAUUGCUGAGAAUGAAGACUCAAAUGAUCUUAUUGGACCUUCCUUAUCAGAAUGUUCACUCCCUAAGAAGAGAAAAAUUUUACCUUUUGAACAUUUAUAUAUAGAAAAUUUGCCAACAGCAGAAUCCUAUGAAAAAAGUUAUAUGCAUAGGGAUAUUAUAACACACUGUUUUGUAACCGCAACUGAUUUCAUUAUUACUGCUAGUUGUGAUGGACACAUCAAAUUUUGGAAAAAGAUGGAACAAGGAAUUGAAUUUGUUAAACAUUUUAGGAGUCAUUUAGGUCCAAUCACAAAAGCUGCUGUGAAUGUUGAAGGAACUUUAUUCUGCUCAGCAUCUUCAGACAAAUCUCUCAAAAUUUUUGAUGUUGUAAAUUUUGAUAUGAUCAAUAUGAUACGUUUAGACUAUUCCCCAUCAAUAGUGGAGUGGAUCCAUUCACCUGGUGAUGCUAUUCAUGCUUUAGCAGUUUGUGAUCAUGAUACGCCUAAAAUAUAUGUUUAUGAUGGAAAAGCAGAUGCUACACCUCUGCAAAUUUUAGAUAAAAUUCAUAGUAAACCUGUGUGUCUGAUCAAGUAUAACAAUAAAUAUGAUAUUGUUAUAUCAGUUGAAAAAGGAGGAAUAUUAGAGUAUUGGUCAGGACUGAAGCAAAAUUAUGCAUUUCCAAAAAAUAUCGCAUUUGAUUCUAAACUGGACACAGAUCUUUAUGAAUUUGCCAAGAAUAAGACGGUACCUACCGGACUUGCCUUCUCACCUGAUGGAACUAGAUUUGCUACUAUCUCCUUAGAUAGGAGAAUAAGGAUCUUCAAUUUCAUAUCGGGAAAAUUAAUCAAAGUAAUUGAUGAGAGUCUUCCAAGAUUCACAGAGUUACAGCAAAAGACGCAGCAGUUGCCAAAUAUGGAAUUUGGUCGUCGGAUGGCAGUAGAACGAGAUUUGGAAAAAUCGGAAGCGUUCAGUUUAGCCAAUAUCGUUUUUGACGAAAGUGGAAACUUCUUAAUGUAUGCAACAUUACUAGGAAUCAAAUUAGUCAACUUGUAUUCAAACAAAUGCGUCAAAAUUAUAGGAAAAAAUGAAAACCUGAGGAUAUUGCACAUAGCAAUAUAUCAAGGAUCAGCAAAAAAGUCCAAAGCAGCUGUAACAUUCGAGAUAGAAGCCUCCAAUAACCCGACACUGGAUGCCAUAAAGCCAGAUCCUACAUUAGUUUGUACAGCUUACAAAAAAUCUCGGUUUUACCUCUUUUCCAAACGUGAACCGGAUGAAGUUGGAGUGGAUCAAGAUCGUGAUGUGUUCAAUGAGAAACCAUCCAAAGAAGAUACUUUUGCUGCCAUGGAUGAACCAAUCCAACAAAGACUUUAUGAAAACGCAAUUAUCCACACUGUUUUUGGUGAUAUCCAUUGUAAAUUGUUCAUGAAAGAUACUCCGAAGACUGUGGAAAACUUUUGUGUGCACAGCAAGAAUAGUUAUUACAAUGGACACAUCUUUCAUAGAGUUAUUAAAGGUUUCAUGAUACAAACUGGAGAUCCUACUGGUAAUGGUACUGGCGGCGAAAGCAUUUGGGGAGGAGAAUUCGAAGAUGAGAUAAAAUCUCACUUGAGGCACGACAGACCUUACACCUUAUCUAUGGCGAAUUCUGGUCCUAACACUAACGGAAGUCAGUUUUUUAUCACCCUUACUCCUACGCCUUGGUUAGAUAAUAAACACACAGUAUUUGGAAGAGUUGUGAAAGGAAUGGAGGUUGUUCAGAAUAUAAGUAAUGUAAAAACCAAUGCAAAGACUGAUAAACCUUUCGAUGAUAUAAGAAUUGUUUCUAUAAGUGUAAAAUGAAUCCAAAAUAAAUAAUUCAA